CACUAGAUGGAUGGUGAGUUUAGUUGAAGAUGGUUUUUGUAACAUAUGAAGUUAGUUAAACGUGUCAAACCUACAGGAACAGAUAGCUAUGUAAACAAAGACCUAAAAGUAUUUAAGAUUGAACAAAAUGAACAUCAUGAGGAAGCUUUUGACUGGUCAUUCUCGAGGGUCAGCUGUUGCUCCAGAAGACUGCACUGUAAACAAACAACAUGCAGCUCUAGGACUUAUGCACCUACAUAAGGUUUUUGUGGAGUUGAUGCACCCUCCUCAGCCACUAAGCCAAGAAGAACAGGAGCAUCGUAUUUAUAAUAUGCUUCCAUUAUUUUGUAAGGUAUUUGAAAAUAGCCCUGGAAGUGAACUAACAGAAAAGUUCAGUGAUAUUGUCCCAUUCUGCCAGAUGGUUUGCAAACUGAUGGUAUCAGAAAUAAGAAGGCGGGCAUCAAAUCAAAGUACUGAAGCUGCAAGUUGUGCAAUAGCAAAGUUUCUAGAGGUAGAAAGUAUAGAAGACCAAAGCAAUGGAUGGAUACUUCUUACAACUGUCAAUUUGCUGGCUGCAGGAGACUCCUCGGUUAUUGAAGUUAUGGCUCUUACGUCUCUACCGUCAACCUUGGUAAAAUGCUUGUAUCUGUUUUUUGAUCUUCCUCAAGUAGACGAAUCUCAGGAAUGUGAUGGAAAAAGUGAAUUUACACCCCGAGAGUGCCGUAUUCUCCUGCAGAAAGUAUUUGUGCAGAUUUUAGUGAGAAUGUUUAGCCAUCCGGUCUCAGCAGAAGAACUUGCUCGGAAGGACGACCUCACGCUUUUGUUCAGUGCCAUCACUAGCUGGUGCCCAGUACACAAUACUGUCUGGAGGAAGAGUUCAUCGGAAGUUCUUAUGACCAUCUCACGUCACGGACUCACAGAUACUGUUGUUAGCUACAUUCAUAGUAAAGGGUGUGUUGCCCAGUGUGUGGAAAACAUGCAGCGAGUUCAGGAGCUUUCCCCAUUGGAGAUUGUUGAGAUGUUUGUCACAAUAUUUUGUUUUUUGAAAGAUUCCAGUGAAGUCUCUCAGCUUCUACUUGACGAUUUCCGUUCAUGUCAAGGUUAUAUAUUUAUAUCAGAAUUCCUCUUAAAGCUUGAAAGAGAAACCUCACUAGAAGCCUGUGAAGCUCUUCGUAAUCUUAUACUAUUAUUGGCCUCCCUGACCACUUGUGGAUUUUUUGAGCUAAAACCCAGCCAUGCUACUUCAGGAAGUCUCUUUCAAAUCCCAGGAUUUGUGUUACCUCAGCCUAUGGGGAGAGGUACUAGUGUGAGGAAUAUUCAGGCUUUUCAAGUUCUUCUUACAACAUUUGUAAAGGCACAAACGCCAUAUCUUUGUCACCUCCUUUUUGAUGCUAUCAGCACUAUAUAUCAUUCUGAUAAAGCCAAUUACUUCAUUCUGGAAUCACAGCAUACUCUUUCACAGUUUGCUGAAAAAAUUCAUCAUAAACCCGUUGAUGUUCAGGUGAAGUUUUUCCGACUCUUGGAAUUUGUUGUGAAAGAUUUGAAGUUUGUACCCUGCAAAGAAUUAAUCAGUUUGAGCAUACUACUGAAAUCACAGAGUUCUUUAGAAUGUAGUAUCACAUGCCUUCAGACUCUUCUCAACAUUUUACAUUACAACAGUGUAUUUAAAGAUGUUUUUCGAGAAGUAGGCCUUCUAGAAGUGCUAGUGACCUGCCUUCACAGAUAUGCUACUCUGUUGAAGGAAGUGUGUGUGGAAGUUGAUGGAGAAUUUCAAGCUCCUGUAGUUAUUCCUCAUGAAGAGUGUAAGCUUGGAUCAUUAGUGAUGGAGGCUCAUAUUGUCCUGCUGAAAAACAAUGUAAACAAUGCUAAUGUGUUUCGGGAAUGUGGUGGAGCUCGAUGUGCCCACAAUUUAGUUCCCUAUCCAAAUUGUCGCAACGAUGCUUUAGGAAUUGUUCAGCAGUUGGUACUGAAUACAGGAGGGGAUGAUGAUAUGGGAACUUUAUUAGGUUUGAUGCAUUCUGCUCCUAUAAAAGCUUUAGACCUGAAGGUGGAUAUAUUAAAGUCACUUUUGUAUGUGUUGGGAGAAAGUCAUCGCACAAGAACAGUUUUUCGAAAAGUUGGAGGAUUUGUAUACGUAGUCUCGGUUCUUGUGUCUAUGGAAGGGUGCCUUGCUGAUCCACCUAGACCCCCUUGGAAUGAUGUUCCUCAGAAAGAGAUUCUCAUAUUGCUAAGAACAGUACUUCAUACUUUGACUAUGGCUAUGCGAUAUGAACCUGGAAAUGCAAGAUUUUUUGCCUCUGAGAUAUGCCAAACAAGUCUGACAGAUACAGUAAGGCUACUUGGUUGUUUUUCAUCUGAGAAAGAGGUGACAACCCUUAGUAAUCCUGAACUUUCCGGAACAGAUUUUUUUCAUUCACUUUUCAUAGCUGAAGACAUUUGUGAACCAGUGAUGAGUGGAAGAGCUGUUCCAGUAUCUCUUAUUUCUGGCUGUUUGAUCAUGCGACUACUGUAUCAUAUGGCAUUAGACACAUUUGACAGACCACAUGAUCCUUUACCCCAACUGUGGUGCAGUACCCCUGUUCGGCAGAUUUCUUCUGAUGGCUCUCUAGACCUCUCGGGAAAGAAGAAGUCUGUUGUUGCCAAACUCAACUUCUCACCUCAAACACCUGAUCCACUGAUUGUUCACCCGGGUGUUAUCAUAGCAAUGCUACAUUUGAUACCAUCUAUUACUUGUAGUACUGAUGAAAUUAUGGCAGCCACUCUUCAAGUAUAUGUGGCUGAAGUUCUGCGUUCUCUUGUUCGAACUGAAAGAAACCAACAGGUCAUGUGUGAUGCUGGUUUUCCUUGUGAAUUGUUAACUGUCUGUAAGUUAGCCUUAGAGAACGAAAGUCAUCCGCUCCAUGGAGCAAUGCAAUAUAUGCUUGAACGACUUGCAGCUCAAGCCCUUGAACCUAGGGAUCUAAGGGAAUUCUUGCGAAUGGGGUCUCCACUCUGUUGUAGAAGCUUUGAGGAACUGGGACUUGAACAGGAAAGAUUAUCCAAGAAUGAAAGUCGUCCAGCCAAUCAUAGAAGUGGUGGGCCUGUGCCUCUUACUCGAGUCAAAACCUUAGUUUCUAUGACCACACCUAGAGAUUGUAGACUACAUGGUACAGCAGUUACACCACCAUUUGUAGAGUUUGACAUGAGCUGUGAGGGGUUUAGUUGCCUUUAUUUGCCUUCUGUAGCCCCACAGAGUGUGAGUGGACCAUCUGUUGUAGGUGUGGGGAUGGUUGCUCUAGGAGCCGAAUCAACUGUCAUUGGAGGAAUUGGUACAGGGGAUCGAAUGUUUCCUCCUCAGCCAGGCCUUAGCUUUUCUACGUGGACUUGUGUUGAUAAGUUUGGUCCUCCCCAACCGGUACGCUUCUUAACUCUUGUUAGGAAUAUUCAAGGCAGAGAAGAUCAUCUAAUUUGCUUAAGCCUUCUGCUCUCUGCUCAAGAUGGUGCUCUUCUUAUAAGCACUCAAGAAGUGCCAAUGCCUCAAUCAGGUUGCUGUGAUUGGGAACCAGAAGUUAAAGAUGAAAGUUGUGUCAGUAUCUGGUCACCAGAAUUACUACAGGAAGGUCAGUGGCACCAUCUGGUGAUUGUUCUGAACAGAGCUGUAUUGAAAAAUAGUUCCAUGACAGUAUAUUUGGAUGGAAAACAUCUAAGUACUCAAAAGUUGCACUACAUAUCUCAGAACCCUGGUGGUGGAGCAGCAAACCUUACAAUUGCUAGUUCUGUAUAUGGUUUUAUUGGAACACCUCCUCAGUUUCGUCGUCCAUCAACCUUACAGUGGCGACAAGGACCAUGUUUGCUAGUGGAAGAUGUUUUGUCAGCUUCAACUGUAAACUUACUCUACAAACUCGGUCCCACAUACAUUGGCUGCCUUCAGGGAACGAGUCAGAGCAAAUCAGAUCCAAGUCCCUCAGUUGUACCUGAGGAGAAGGCGGUAUUUGGACUUAAUGCCACUUCCGUUUCCGUAAUGACUUUGGCCAAGAUUCGUAAGGUUUACAGCAAGAAGGAUUCAAGAUCAAUUGCAAAAAUGAUGGGUAUGUCUUCUCAUGAGAAUGCCACACCUAUAAGGAUACUUCACAACUCAGCAGGUCACCUCACAGGUCCAGCAAGAACACUUGGUGGAGUUUUGUUUGGGUAUCUUGGAGCUCGAACUUUUGUUCCUCGGCCAGUUGCAGUGACCAUUGAGAAUGUAGGGGGAACUGCAGCUUUGCUUGGAUUGGUCGCUAUGGCAAAAGAUGUUGAAGGAGUUUAUGCAGCUGUUAAGGCACUGGUUUGUGUUGUAAAAAGUCAUAGAGCUCUAGAGAUUGAAAUGGACCGGAAGCACAGAUAUCAGACACUGGGCAUGCUGUUGAAGAAGAAGUCCUCUUUAUUGAACAGUCAUAUUCUUCAUUUGACGUUUUCUUUGGUCGGUACAGUGGAUAGUGGACGAGAAUCUAGUGUCAUUCCGAAUGUUGCUGCUUUUAGAGAUCUUCUUUGUGAUUUGGAAGUAUGGAUGAAUGCCCCAGGUGACUUGCAUCGGUCGUUAUUUGAACAUUUGUAUGAACUUGUUACAGAGUCCUGUGAACACAGAAGUAAUUUAGGAAUUCUAAGAGAUGUCGACAUGGUGUCAAGACUUCUGUAUGUGUUAAGAUGUCCAGGGCUAACAGGCAAUUCAUCUCGUGUCCUCUACAACUUACUAGCUGCAUUGCUUCACAACACCCACCGCAAGAAUGAUAUAAGAAGAUUUGGUCAGUUUGUUGCGGCCACACUUCCAACAAUGAGUAUAAGUGAAGAGGACAUGUUACCUUCUCAUACGGGACCAGAACCAAAGGACUCGUUAGGUGGUGGUGGUGGCGAUCUUUCGUGUAUGGUUAGUGCCCAUGGGAUUCAUCUACGAAACAGCUGUCUUCAUCUUCUCCACACACUUCUUUUGUCUCCUUCACGGAGUGUGAAUUUACCGUUUUGUGAAGAAGUUGUGAUGGUGCUGGGGUUUGACUGGGUGUUACUGUUCCUUCAGAGCCAUCUUCACGUUAGUACAGUUGUGUGGGGGUUGCAGAUACUGUCUGCGCUUUUAACACCACCAUCCUUGAGAUGCAAGUUUCGUGAUGCCUCAGCUAAUGGUGGCUGGUUGGCUGAUACUGAGCAUGUACUUCAGCAGAAUAUGGGAAUGUGUGUGGGUUUGCCUGUGGGUCUGUCUAGUAAAGGUGCUGGAAUCAAAUGUGAAAUAAAACAGGAGGUUUAUCAGAUUCCAGGCUUCCAGCAACUUCAGUGGUUCUUACAAGAAUGGGCUACUGUUCCAGAUAUUUACUUGCCGCUAUUAACGAUCAUGAUGGGACUACCCGAACAGAAAAUUAAGACACAGUCUCAGUUAACAUUAGACACUAUCUGGGCAACUUUGUUUGGAGACCAAGGAUGUGGUAAAAAAGACAUCUGUCUUGACACAGCUGUUGUUAUUCUUGUUCUUCUCAGGUCACUCUUAAAUCAGAUCCAGAGUCCAUCAGUAGAGAAGCUAUCAACAUACGAUUAUCCAGUUACUCUUAUACAGUUCCUGAUGUAUCUUUACCACAAUCGACAAGAUUUUAUGUACAAGUGUAUGAAGCACAAAUUUCUAAGCGCUCUCGUGAGCACCAUCUUUCCAUGGCCUCCAGAAGACUUGGAAUGUUUGAGUGAUACAACUUCUCCUUUAGAUGAAAAACGGCCAAUCUUCAGUCCGGAUAGUAGUGAACAUACUGGUCAUGAAGAAAGAAGACCCACGUUUAGUCUUCUGACUUCCCAUCCGGCUCGGAAGUUCAUAAUGGACUUCAUACGCGUUAUUGUUGUGGACAGUUUGUCUUUACCUGUGAACCCUAAACAACAACCUGUUGUGGACAUUGUCUUGGAGGUUGCACCAAGAAACUGUAGUCAGUCCAGUCUGUGUGAGUUUCAAACAGCAAUACUCUCCUCUUUAAUGGACCAUCUUCUUGCUGCAGACAUCCUGUUGGGGGAACAAGCAGCAUUACCUAUAGCAAUUGGUGGAAGUUAUUCAAACAUUCCGUCUAAUGUCCUGCAUCUCUCUAGCUGUGUUGUAGACAAACUUUGGCAAGGAAUGUAUACACGAGAACCACAAGAAGUGUUAGACUUCAUUCUGAAGAUUUUCAUUCAAGCUUCAAAACAGGGACUGAGUAUUGUGUACCAUAGUUUAAAUAGAACUAUUCUUUAUCAACUCUCAAGACCUAUGGAUUGUGUUACUGAUCAGCUUGCUGUAUUAGAAUGUUUACAGAAAGUUACCACACACAGAACUGUGGUCCUGUCAUCAGUUAAUAAUGACCCAGAGUUUAUUGGAUGCCUUUGUUACUGUUUGCUGCAGCUUACGACUGAAACUCAAGUCAGUGUUGAUUGUCAGCGACAGACCACAUGGCACGUUAACGUCAGUACUUUAGUAAAAGAGCCAGCAUCAUUAACUUCAGCUGAAGAAGGUACUUUACUAAUCAUAUCUGCAGCUCAGAGACUGUGGCAAGAACUCUAUCUAUCCAAACGACAGGUGCUGGAAGAACUCUUUAAAACUUCACUAAGCAGUAUCCACCCAGCUCAAGACCCUGGAAUGCCUCCACCACUUCAUAGUCUGUGGGAUAGUCUUCACGAACAAGCCAGUAAGCUGUGGCUUUCCUUUCUUGAUGGAGAGCGAAAAUCUGGCUAUAGGGAGGCAUGGCAGCUGCAGUCUCAACUUCAGAAUCGACUACAGAAAGUUACUGGAGGUUUGAGCCGCUUAGCUAGCCGUAAAAUAAAAAAAGAACAUUCCCCUCGAGUUGCAACCACAAAAAUGUCUCUUAAGGAAGCUCACUUAUGGACUUUCUCACACAUAUCCAUUGUACGGGACUUGGUUGAACUUCAUCUAAAACACAGGCAACAGAGCCAGCAACAUUUGCAGAAGGAUGUAUUUGAAGAGUGGCUUCUGGUUGAGAGUGAGCUAACUCGAGAACGUGGCUUAUGGGGUGCACCAGUCCCUUCUCGUCUUGAUAAAUGGAAACUGGAUAUGACAGAAGGCCCAUUUAGAAUGAGAAAAAAAAUGGUUCCCAAUGAGCAGUUUUAUGCAAAUUAUCUGUAUCGACCAGAACUGGAAAAUGGUGAAAAUAAAAGUCUGAAGUAUAAACUUCCUACAAGUUUUGACAGCAAAGAGUACUUUAAUCGUUGGAGGCCUCAAUACCUUGUUGAACAGGAAGACAUAAAAGCUGACCUGAACAGCAUCGCUUCUGAAGAGCUAGUUAUCGAAACAGAGGUUGCCGAGGAAAGAGAAGUUGGGUUUCUUGGUCUACGUAUGGCUCAUCUUCUUCCAAGGUCACCAGCAAACCGCAGUUUUAGUGAAAUUGAGGAAGAACAGGAACCACUGGAUUUAGGGCCAGAAGGAUCUGCUGAGCAGGAAGAAACUCCCGACAGUCAGAGUGUUUUGAGACUAUUGGAGGAGGGAGAAAAGAUCAGUUACAUGUUUCGCUGUGCAAGGAUUCAAGGCUUAGACACCAGUGAAGGUCUUCUCUUAUUUGGCAAGGAACACUUUUAUGUUGUUGAUGGGUUUACCUUGCUUAAGACGCGCGAGAUCAGAGAUAUUGCAACACUACCCGCUAACAUGCAUGACCCAAUAAUACCAAGCACAUCUCCUCAUACAAAGCACCAGAAACGUUUGUAA